CGCAGAGCAGCAGCAGCUCUCCGCCAGCCAGUCCGUCGCUGCAGUCCGACAGAGCGGCCACUCAUCAACAUCCUCCCCGACGUCCGUGCGCGGAGCUGUGACGCUCUGAGGCUCUGAACUAAGGCUUUAACUGGUUCAAGUCGGACGGUCUUACGACGGUGUUCUACUUGUGGACAUGAAGACACCUGAUACAGGGACUUCUUCUUCCUCUUCUUCUUCUUCUUCUUCUUCUUCCUCCAUAAGGCGGACCGGGAAUCCUGACUGGCAUCGAUUUUCACCGAGCAAAUGAGAAAGAAUGGUCAUGACCAUUUUCCUGCUGAUCAGUCUCUCCUCUUUUGAGGCACGUUGGCCCUUUUCUGUUUCUGGAUUUACGAAUGCCGAGAUGAGAUAAUAAAGUCAACCAGCUUGUGCAUGCUGCUACAACAACACCUGUGGCACUUGUAAAACCCACCCUUGCCCACCCUAAACCCCUUCCCCCUCAAGCAGCAAGUUCAUUCCAACAGUCGAAACAUGACGACCCCGGCUCUCUUGCCGCUUUCAGGACGCAGGAUACCCACUUUGUCGCCGGGUGCCUCCUCCUUCCCACACCACAGGGCCACAUUGAGGCUCUCAGAGAAGUUCAUCCUCCUUCUCAUUCUCAGUGCCUUCAUCACCUUAUGUUUCGGGGCCUUCUUCUUCCUCCCGGACAAUUCCAAGCACAAGCGCUUUGACUUGGGCUUGGAGGAUGUGCUCAUCCCUCAUAUUGACCCACCCAAAGAGGGGAAGCACGCCUCUGGACAGGUGGUCAUACAUGGACAGGGAGGACAUGAUGAGCAUAGACACAGGGAGGAGGAGGAAAGCCUGCGGGACAAGAUCCGGGCAGACCACGAGCGGGCGCUGCAGGAGGCAAAGGAGAAGCUGAGAAAGUCCCGUGAGGAGCUGCAGGCGGAGAUUCAGACGGAGAAAAACAAAGUGGUGGAGGACCUGAAGAAGAAGGACGUAGGGCCUAAACCUUUGCCACCUGUCCCAAUGCCCAAAGUGGUGGGCGUCAGUGACGGAGAGCCUCCUGAACCUGACGUCAAAGAGAAACGUGACAAGAUCAGAGAGAUGAUGAAGCAUGCGUGGGACAGCUACAGACAGUACGGAUGGGGUCACAACGAGCUGAAGCCCCUCGCCAAGAAAGGACAUUCCACAAACAUCUUUGGCAAUUCCCAACUAGGAGCGAGCAUCGUGGACGCCUUAGACACCCUCUACAUCAUGGGUCUGCACGAUGAGUUCAAGGACGGCCAGGAGUGGAUCGAACAGAAUCUGGACUUUGGUGUGAAUGCCGAGGUGUCUGUGUUUGAGGUCAACAUUCGUUUCAUAGGAGGACUGCUGGCCGCCUACUACCUCUCUGGACAGGAAGUAUUCAAGCUGAAGGCGGUUCAGCUCGCAGAGAAGCUGCUUCCUGCAUUUAACACCCCCACAGGAAUCCCCUGGGCCAUGGUCAACCUGAAGAGUGGUGUUGGGCGUAACUGGGGAUGGGCGUCGGCGGGCAGCAGCAUCCUGGCUGAGUUUGGGACUCUGCACAUGGAAUUUGUUCAUCUCACCUACCUGACAGGAAACCCUGCUUACUACCAGAAGGUGAUGCACAUCCGGAAGCUGCUGGCCAAAAUGGACCGACCCAACGGGCUCUACCCGAACUACCUGAAUCCUCGAACAGGCCGCUGGGGCCAACAUCACACCUCCGUUGGAGGACUUGGGGACAGUUUCUACGAGUACCUGCUGAAGGCGUGGAUCAUGUCUGACAAGACCGAUACAGAAGCCCGCAAGACCUACGACGACGCCAUCGAGGCCAUCGAACGCCACCUGAUUCGCAAAUCAAACGGCGGUCUGACAUUCAUUGGUGAGUGGAAGAACGGCCACCUGGAGAGGAAGAUGGGCCACCUGGCUUGCUUUGCCGGCGGCAUGUUCGCGUUGGGCGCCGACGGCUCGCCUGACGACAAGGCAGGACACUACCUGCAGCUGGGCGCUGAGAUCGCACACACCUGCCAUGAGUCUUACGAUAGGACAGUUUUAAAGCUCGGCCCGGAAGCCUUCAAGUUCGACAGCGGCCUGGAGGCGGUGGCCGUGCGGCAGAACGAGAAGUACUACAUCCUGCGGCCCGAGGUCAUCGAGACCUACUGGUACAUGUGGAGGUUCACCCACGAUCCCAAGUAUCGCCAGUGGGGCUGGGAGGCGGCACAGGCCAUUGAUAAGUUCUGCAGGGUGAGCGGAGGCUUCUCGGGGGUGAAGGACGUCUACUCCUCCAACCCGACCUACGACGAUGUCCAGCAGAGCUUCUUCCUGGCCGAGACACUCAAGUACCUGUACCUGUUGUUCUCCAGCGACGACCUGAUGCCGUUGGAGAGCUGGGUCUUCAACACGGAGGCUCACCCGCUUCCUGUCCUCCACCUGGGCAACAUCACCCUGCCUGGCAGCGAGCCAGCUCAGCGGUAGACGGGCCCUUCAGUUCCUCCACUACAGCACCAGGGGGCACCCCCUGCCUGCCUGCCCCCCUAAAAAAACCUUAAAAAAAACACCAACACUGGACAAAGUUACAUUGAGCUCUCAGACUGCAGACAUGACCCAGAGGAGACGGAGAGAGAGAGCCUGUGCAGCAUGGAGACGACUUAAAGUCUUCUUCUCCUCUUUUACCUUUUACUUUCUGGACUCUCUCAGUCCGUCUCUCUGAGGGACGGUGGGUUCGCUGCUCAGCCUCACGACUGGCUUGAAACGACUCUUUUCUCUGAAAGACAGAGCUCCUAAACAGGAGGCUUUUUUGUUAUUAUUUUUAGUGUUUCUUUGAGAUUUGACCAAACUUUUCCUCCCAUAUAGACUCGCAGAGAGUGCACAUGGGAUUAUUCUUGAAGGAUCACUUAGUCAGUUGGACACUGUCCUGACGGAAGUGACAUUUCUACACACGGACGGACUUGAGGACUCUACAGGGUCUGUUAAUGAGUUGUGUUUUUUCUUUCUGUUUGGACAAAUCCUUAAAGGGGACACAGGGUUGAAUCAAAGCCCUUCAUUUUUUCCCUCCCCCCCCCCCAACUCCUGUUUAAUCUUCAUCAGACAAACUUUCACCUGGAACUGUACUCAGCUCGUCACGUCAUCAGUGCGGGGGCCGGUUAUAGUCCCACACCUCCUCCUCUAUUCCUCCUUGGACCAUUGUAAGUGGAACAGUAGUACACAGGGACAGCAGCAGGCCUCCCCUCAUCUUCACUCGACAUAUUUCCAGUUUCUCUUCCACUUUGAGACGCCACCGGGUCACAACUUUACCCCCCCCCCCCCCCCUAAAAAAAAAAAACACAUUCUGCUGCUUCUCGUUUGGACGCUGCUUUUCAAACCAUUCUCUCAUCUUGUGCUUUCUCUCAUUUCUCAACUUUUCCUAGCUCAACCCGAUUUAUUUUUCUUCGCCAGUGAGAUGAGGCGAGAACACAACCAUGAUUUAGUGUGAGUGUAAAUGUGUGAGCGAGUGUGUGGUGGUUAAAAUAACCUGUGCUGUAAAUGAUUUAUCCAUGCACUUUGUUUGGGGAAGAAGAGGCAAGUUAGAGGUGUGGUGCUGACAGAGAUGAAUAAAUGAAGACCCUCCUGUGUCUCCCGACUGAACCGCCAUGACACAUUGGUCUCUCUUCAAAUCCAUAUCACCAGGUCGACUGCCAAACUCUUAAGUUAUUUUCAGAUUCUCUGACGUUCUCUGCUUUUAUUUUCCAUAUUUCAUACCCUCUGCUCAAGCUUACAUUUCAACCUCUACCUCUCCUACGCAUCUUAAAAAGUCCUUCAGUGUUCAGGUUCCUCUGCCGACUCUGUGAACUCCUGCAGAGAAUGAAAAAUUAAAGGGCAAUGACACUAUUUUGAAACCUGGCCCUACUUUGACGUAUUUGGAUUUUUAAUAACUAUCAAAGUUUGGAAUUGAUCCAGGCUUGUUUGUUUGUGUUAUUUAGUGACUUUGUGUUUUCUCAAUUAAGACGCAAUAACACAAAAUAAAAAAAACACAGAUUGAGGUAAUGGUAGACCAUCGACUCCCAUGAUCUGCAAGUAGAAAAAACAGUUGAAGUCUGGUGGCUCUGAAACGGAGCGAUGUGACAGAUGUUCCUGGUUUCAAAAAGUAUCUUUCUCUUUAAGAGAAAAGUCCAUAUCUGUAGAUACUCCUGAACCAAUCGGAGCCUGUCUGUGUUUAAAACAAGCCAUGGGUUUACUUUCAUUUUUAUGGAAGCCCUAAGAGGACAAGCAUCCAUACAUUUAUCCAGACUAUAUUUGGAUUUUCUUGAGAUCUGACCUUCUAUAUCUUGUUACCUCGGGAAUACACCGCUGGUUUCCCCUUGAUUUUGAAAUUGAAUUUGAUUAAGCGUUCAUUUCAGUAAUUUUCUCAAAAUCUCAAGAAAUGUAGUUAUCACGAGAGAACCAGCGUUGUUAUAAUAACAUAAACAUAAAGUUGUGAUCCCGAGAAAACAACCGAAAAUGACUUUAUCUUACUUUGUCACAGGAAACGGAGUAAAAUAAAAUGUGUGGAUGUCGACUUGUGGCUUCUGUAGAUUCGGCACUUUUGCCUCUAAAAUACUUUUUUUGCUGCCCAUUUCAAAGCUUCAGACCGAAACUAUUUACUGGAGCAACUUUUCAGACCAUUACAUCUUUUACACUCCAGAAUAUAUCACGCUAAAAUGGGUCUGGAUUUAAGAGUCUCCAAAAAUGUCACAACAUCCACAUUUUGGAGAAUCUUUUAGAAAUGUUCUUAUUUGGAAUCAUUUUACAAUUUUGGGGGGUAAAGUGCUGAAAUGUGAUUUUUUUUUUUUUUUUUUUUUUUUUUUAAGUUGAAUUGUUUAAUUUACACUUUCGAGCUGUAAACCGGUCCCGUUUGUUUGUAGUGAACAAUCAGAACCUGCUCAUGUAGAAAUGGAUCUGACCCUGUGACCCUCGUUUCCCCUCGCUUAAUGCCAUCAACAUAUCAUCAAACACUGAAUAUCAAUAUCAUGAAGAAGCUGAAGUAUAGGAAAGCAAGAUCAGUAAAAUAAAGAGGCAAAUUUUAAAAAGUAGGGCUGGUUUAGAUACAGACACAGCCUCUGCUGAGUCAUUGAAACGUCUCCUUACUUUAAGGGUUCUACAGUCCGAGUACUGGACUCGCUCCGGAUGGUGAGAUUUAUCAAGAGCUUGACCUCGUUGAAAGAAGUCAGAGCCUCCGCCCACCAAGCUGUCUGCUCAGUUACCAGCACAGUUUCUGCCUGCAGUUAUCGCUCCUGACACGACUCUCUCUCUGCAGCAUCCAGAGCGGUGUGAGGCAUGUACUGCUCGGGUUGUUCAGAUAACAGAUCCUAAAGUCUGUGCAGCAGAAUGAGGUUAGCAAAAGAGCCAAACAAGCUUCCACUCUACAGGUGGAAGACAGAUUUACUACAAAGUUUACUCUCGUUAAUUUAUCAAGCAAUCAGCAGCUUUUCUAAGACUCUGCAAAAGACGCUGUGUGGGAAAAUAUGCUAAUUUAGACAACCAUCUUUGCAGAAAAGAUUUCAAUCCUGUGCCAUUAAAAGCUGCAGGUUUUGUCACAGAAUAUUUUGUGUAAGGCCCAUCAUCCAACAACUCACACAAACACAUUGAUUACACCUAAUUAUUCGCUUUAAGAUCAACUGGCAGAGACCAGAAGAAGAGUGUGUUGAGUAAAGACAAAGUAUACUAAAACAGAAACCAUUCAUUAUAGCUACACAAGAUGACAACUUAAUGUUUUUACAAGUGAGGCCGGGGGAGUCCUGUUGAGGAUUUAUCAUCUCAAAAUGCAGCAACACGAGUCAGAGAGUGAGGUUGUUAAUAUGAAAUAAGGAAAUCAAGACGUGUUGUAUCUUUAACGCCAACGCCAAAAGCUACACAACAUUAGCCAAAUGUUUUUUUCCAUUAUUUUUGUCCUUGAAUAAAAGUUGAUAAGUUAAAUUUAAAGAUAGAAAAUAGUCUUAAUGAUGGGCUCAGUGAAGCUGUGCAAUGACCGUGUGUGUGUGUGUGUGUGUGCAUGAGAGAGAAAUGAGUGUGUCUGAGAUCAUUAUAGCCCUCUUACCAGUUAUCAUCAACAUGAACCCCUAAAUACAGAGGUGAUGCUUGUUGACAGGCAAGGCCCCCCCACUUCUCAAAGUCACCAGAGAAAAUGAAGGAGGAGGAAUUAUCCAUCUGGGAGCGGAGAAAAUAAGGCAAAACAUUGAAUCAUCACUGCCACCAGCAAAAAAAAAAAGGAGGCUAACGAGCUCCCUCCACAUGCUGAUGAUGGUACCAUAGCCCCGUUUCCACCAAGCGGUCCGGUCUGGUUCAGUACAGUUUGGUAAAGUAAACCCUGAUCUUGCUUGUGUUUCUACAGUCAACCGUACUCUUACACAUCAAUAAAUCACAGCGGUGUGACAUCGUGUAGACAACCAAUAAAUUAAACAAAGAAGAACAUGACGCAGUAAAAACAAAGGGCCUCAUUCACUAACAGUGCGUUUGAAGCACAAAUCUGGGAUUCAUCAAUACAUUCUUACUUGAAUUUAUUCUUACUCUGCGAACAAAAAUAGAACUUCCUCAGACCAUGCGUAUGCACAAAGGAUUGACCAGCUUUCUCAGAAAAUGUUAACACACACUCUUUUGACUAAAUGCAUGACAUUAGAAAUACGUUCAGUAAAAAAAAAAAUAUUUUAUAUAUUAUUUUUUUUAAAUGUUGAAAAGACAAGCAUUAAAAAUGUGAAUUUACUAAUGCAUUGACUAAAUGUAUUAAAUAAUCAUGAAAUGUUCGCCUUAUCAUCCUUUAAUCUAAAAUCUUAAAUCUAAUCGUCGACCACUCCCACUAAUAUUGCUAUGAAAUAUCGCAUUUGUAACCAAAACCAGCUGAUUAAUUGGAGCCUAUGUAAGAGCAUGCAGGGAACAUUCAUGAUUAUGAUUUACGUCACACACAAGAAAGUUUAAAGAUCAAGCCUUGCUGAAGCAAAUUGCAGCUCCUAAAAACGUAUACGUGUCCGCACCUCACCGCUCUCGUCCUGAUACACCAAUAGGAUGUCCUUAUAUGGAGAGAUGGGGGCGUGGUAGUAUGCUGAUUGCAGGUUGCGAGCAUGCGCCUGACGAUUUAGAAUGAUUCUGAUUCACUAACAUACGCAAGAUGGUGAGAACAAAAUAUGCUGGUACGCACGUGUCAUGAAUCUGACGGUGAUUUUGCGUAUGCACUUAUUUUAUGCGCAGAGUAAGAACAUUUCUACGCACAUAUUAGUGAAUGAGGCCCAAUGAUUCCUAGGAAGGUCUGCAUCUCUGAGGCGCUGGCAGGAUAUAUCUGCAGAACAUUUAAACAUUUUGUGUUUGUCCUUUACUAAUGCUGCCACACGGGAAGUGAAGACUCUUUCGACCAAUCAACGGACUGCAGGGUGUCUAGCUCCAACCUUUAGGGUCAGAUUGAUACACUUGGCGCCCCAACAGAAGGGUACCAAAAAAGUAGGACAGUACGGAUCAGGUAUUUUGUUACCCUACCCAACUUUUGACAGUGAAAACACCCCAUAAAUGUGUACUGAACUGAACCAGACCGCUUGGUGGAAAAGGGGCUUAUUGUGUAUAACAUGAAGGUGAUGAACGCUGAUUGGAGGGCCCCUGUAGAUUUUUUGCCUCGGGCCCCAACAGACUCUAGAACCGCCACUGCCCAUAUUUCCAAACUUUGCGUAUCAGCUGACUGGUUCAGGUACAGAGAUGAAAACAAGCUAAAGGGUAGGAAUUGCACUUAACCAGGACGAUUUUUUUGAUCGAGAGUGUGUGUGUGUGUGUGUUCAGUGUCUGACUGCUUCUUUUCAAGCCUUAUUGUCAGAUGUGGCGCCUUGGCCGAUACUGUGCUUUUUCUUCACAUUCUUUGCUUUAUAUAUAUAUUUUCAAUACACCAUUACGAUUAAAUUCCUUUUUUGUUGUUUUUCUUUGUAGUGACAUUUGCAUGUGACGCGCAUAAAAACAUGCAGAACUGUGAUGUAGUGAAAACAAGGAGGAAGACAAAGUUGAUGCCCAUGAUGGGCAAAAGCUUUAUGACUUUAAUAAGCUUUAAUAUUUCAUGUACAUCCAACUGAAGUUCAGAAUGACUCAAAUCUUUCUAUAUCUCAAAACAAAAGCUGGUGUUUGAGUUAAGCUGAUAUCUAACCUUUCUGAUUCUUAAAAUGGAAAUUAGAAACCAACAAAUGGAUUGAUUGACAUUUUUACAGCAAGUUCUGUUGGUGCAGCUGCUCUUUAAAACUCAAACGUUUAAGUUAAAAUCGAAAGGAUACAUCUGGAGAUGUUCUUUCCAGGUGUCUAAAAAUCCAAUGAAAGGACCAAAUCCAGCUGUUUAUGAAUCUUACGAAUGAGUGUCCAUCUUCAGCCUGAUCGACAGCAUCUUAUCCCCAUGUGGUGUAGCGCUCAGUUUUCCUCCCAAGACUAUCAAAACACAUCCAUGAGCACGCUCUGUGGCCUCACACACACCGUCCUUAUGCCUCAUAUACUUCUGAAAACACCAAAUAUGUAUUAACAUAGUCAUGAAAAUGAAUCCUAAACCAAUGUAUUGUUUCCCUGUUUGAUGAACAAAAGCUUCAAACGACAGUGUCACCCAUACAUUUGGUUUUCAGAAGUUUGAGAUCAUAGAGGGGGCAGUGUUUCGGUGUUGGUCUUUUAGAGCAUCAUAUUACUAUCUGCAUUAUACUAAAGCUCUAUAGAGGUGCUUUUCACUUGAUUUGAUACAUAUUUAGGUCCUGAUUUGAUAACCAGAGUAGGUAUCAGUUGAGGACGUUUUGCCAAAAUGUUUAUUUGGGAUUAAAACAGCGUUUUCCAAAUUUCUGGCCGACAUUAAUCUCAAUCUUGAGCGUAGUUUAUAUUUAUUAAAUCUUCAUUUCUUUAUUUAAAUGAAACAACAGCAGUCUUUAGGAGAAGGACCUCCUCACAAUAAACCAUAACAACCUCCAUCAGUGUACAAACAAGAUAUUUCUCCUCCCCAUCCUGCUGUUCAACACGUUUUAUUUCAUCCAUCUUCAUCCAUCCAUCUCUGGUGGCAGUAAACUCUUUAACAGUCCGUUCAUGCAGUACGGUCUCUGCUCUCAGCCCUCUAUCCCCCGGUCUGUGACAUCACGCUGACAUCAUCUCCAUCUAUAUCUGAUAGGGAGGAAGCCCAGGGGAAAGCUGGGCGGCCAUGGAGUCGCUGGGACCGACGUUGAUUUUGAAAAAUUGAGUGUUCUGUAUUUGUAUUUUUACUGAGCUUAAAAAAAAAAAAUCAAAUUAAAGUAUCUGUAAAUAUGUUUAAAACUGAGACACAAAUUCAAUAAAGAUGUUAUGAAAAGUGA